AUGGCCUACCCUAUCAGAGGUGGCUCGAUCAAUCGAGGCGGGAUGAGCAAUCGCAUGGAGCAGGACCGAUAUCGCGCGGCAGCUCGUGCCGGUCUUUCUGCUGCAAUUGUCCAGUCCAGAUCAGCAACAAACGGCCAGGUUGACAGAAACAGGAUUGGAGGCCAACGUAACGUCAAAUCAAAACGAUCGACGUCCAUUAAUCGGCCCAGUCAAUCCUCAAACCACAGGCUCAUUUGCGAACAUGAAUCACAACAACUUUGA